GCACUGUGAAACUUAUCGGCCCUUGGAACAUAUUUCACAGCUCUCAGUGGGACUGAGUUUGCACUCCAGCUCAGCAUUCAGUUUGGUGCAGACGCUCUUCUCUUCUCUCCACCCCGUUAGCAGAACUCUACGCAGCCAUGGACGCCAUUAAAAAGAAGAUGCAGAUGCUCAAACUGGACAAGGAGAAUGCCUUGGACCGGUCCGAGCAGGCUGAAGUGGACAAGAAGGGAGCAGAAGACAAAUGCAAACAGCUGGAGGACGACCUGGUCGCUCUGCAGAAGAAACUUAAGGCCACCGAUGAUGAGUUGAGCAAAUACGUUGAAAACGUGAAAGAUGCUCAGGAGAAACUGGAAAAUGCAGAGAAGAAAGCCACAGACGCCGAGGGCGACGUGGCUUCCCUGAACAGGCGUAUCCAGCUGGUUGAAGAGGAGCUGGACCGAGCCCAGGAGCGUCUGGCCACUGCACUGCAGAAGCUGGAGGAGACAGAAAAAGCUGCUGAUGAAAGUGAGAGAGGCAUGAAGGUCAUUGAGAACAGAGCCGUGAAGGACGAGGAGAAGAUAGUACUCCAGGAAGGUCAACUCAGAGAGGCCAAGAACUUUGCUGAGGAAGCUGACCGCAAAUACGAGGAGGUGGCUCGUAAGCUGGGAACUGUUGAGAAUGAUAUGGAGCGUGCAGAGGAGAAGGCUGAACUGGCUGAAGGUAAGUGCUCUGAACUGGAAGAAGAACUGAAAACAGUGACCAACCUCAUGAAGUCUCUUGAGGCCCAGGCUGACAAGUACACGCUGAAGGAGGACAAGUAUGAGGAGGAGAUCAAGGUUCUCACUGAGAAACUAAAGGAGGCAGAAACACGUGCUGAGUUUGCUGAGAAAUCAGUCGCCAAACUUGAGAAGACUGUUGAUGAAAUAGAGGAUGAGGUUUACUCUCAGAAACUCAGAUUCAAAGCCAUCAGUGAGGAGCUGGACCACGCCCUCAAUGACAUGUCCUCCAUAUAAAGUGUGUAUGUUUCCUCUCUGCCUGGCACCAGCUGGUUGGCCCCUCACUCUCUUCUUCAGCAUUUCUCUUUUUGCUGCUUUCUGAUGUUUCACAACACAUCCUAAGUGAGGAUGGGGCGCCCACCUUUGACAUCCCAUCUGUUGUAUAGAACUUUGACUUAUUUCCCUUUCCAUAAAGUAAUAAAAGAACACCUUUUUCUGACUCCUCCACUCUCUUUAAGUUUGUCUUAGUUUUUCUUAUUUACUUUAUUUAUUGUUGAGAAGCUUGAAUAAAAUCUAUAAAAGCUCUUCUCGCCAACCCAUGUUCCAUUUUCUGUUUUGACUGCUUCUGCGCUCUUAUUCUAAUGAACAUGAUAAGUUUACGGUUUUCCUUUGGCAAUAAAAUCCGUUGUACCUUCUAAGAGA